UGAAUAUGUAAGAUCCCAGGACUAGAUAGUCUCGUACUUGCAUGUCAAACACUGUUGGAUGAGAGUCUGUUCUGGGGGAACCAUUUGGGGAAAACGGUGUCAUCAAGAAAACUAUUUAGCUUUACCUAUAGCUGGGUUAUCAGCAGGCAUCACCUGAGGGGGAUGAUGAGGAACGUUCUACUGCUGGCUGUCUUUGGUAUCUACUUUCGGGGGACCGAAGGCGCCCCAACAUGUUCAAUACAGGGCUCUACAGCAGCUUGUUCUGGCCGGUCUCUACACCAGGUCCCUGAGCUGCCUCCAAACAUUACUGCUGUGGAUUUGAGCAAUAACCACAUCAGAGAGAUAAACGAGACAUCCUUCUCUGGGCUUGAAGGGCUACUGGGACUGGACCUUAGUUGGCAACAAGUGAAUGGGCUAAUUAUAAGAAAUAACACCUUUAAAAGGCUGGCAAACUUGGAGGUGCUCUAUUUAGGAAAUAAUAAAGAUCUACUGAUUGAGACAGAUGCUUUUGUGGGACUGUCCAACCUGAGAAUUCUGUCUCUGUACACUUGUGACCUCACUGAAUCUAUAUUACAGGGUGACUAUCUCAGACCCCUGGUGUCCUUGGAAACACUAGAUCUGAUGGGGAACCGGGUGAAAAUAGUCAAACCUGCACAGUUCUUUGCAAACAUGACAGAUUUUAAAGACUUAAACAUUAAAUUAAAUCGGAUGGAAAGCAUAUGUGAGGAGGACUUAAAUGUCUUUCAAGGCAAACACCUUCGAUUCCUCAACCUGAACAGUGUCUAUCUAUAUGGCAUGAAUGAGUAUGGCUUUGACUGGGAGAGAUGUGGAAAUCCCUUUCGGAACAUAUCCAUAGAGACACUUGACCUGUCUUUGAAUGGAUUCAAUGUGGACAAGGCAAAACUGUUUUUCAAUGCAAUCCAAGGAACCCACAUUCACAAUCUUAUUCUGGAACACAGCACCAUGGGGAAAUCAUUUGGUUUCAACAAUAUGAAAGAUCCUAACAAGCAAACAUUUGAGGGCCUCAAGAAUAGUGAUGUUCAAAUUCUAGAUUUGUCCAAAUGCUCCAUAUUUGCUUUGCAAAAUGCAGUAUUCAGUCCACUGAAAGAGGUAAAAAACAUAACAUUAGUCCAAAACAGAAUUAACCAGAUUGAGAGGGGGGCAUUUUUAGGUCUUGAAAACUUACAAAGGCUCGACCUGUCAUAUAAUCUUUUAGGGGAAAUCUAUUCUUUCACAUUUGACAAACUACAUAAUAUUUUAGAAUUAGAUUUAUCUUACAAUCACAUUGGUGCAUUAGGAUAUCAAGCCUUUACCGGACUUCCAAACCUACAAAUCCUAGAUCUUACAGGAAACUCUAUUCGGAAACUCAAUACAUACGGCUCCCCUGCGCCACUACCAAACCUGCACCAUCUUCGUUUGGCUGAUAAUAAAAUCACAUCUUUGCAAGGCCUCUGGGACUUUACUAACUCUGUUAAGAUACUAAAUGUUCAGAACAACAGGUUAACUAAUUUAGAAGAUGUGUACAUUUUGUUAAAUAAAUUCCCACACAUUGAGCGUAUCUGGUAUGGUAACAACUUCAUACAGUGGUGCACCUUAAACAGUGAUAUUUCAGUUCCUGCUAUAAACUCUCUGAAGCUGCUGGAGCUAAGGAACAUCGCCCUGCAGGUGAUAUGGGCACGUGGACAGUGUUUGAAAGUAUUUGACAAUCUUGACAAGCUUUCUAUUCUGGAUUUAAGCUUUAACUCCCUGCAGGCUCUCCCAGACGGCAUUUUCAAUGGUCUUGUGACUCUGGAAGUGAUGGAUCUCAGCUACAACUUUCUUACCUACCUCCAACCAGACAUUUUCCCCAAAUCUCUCAAAAGAGUUGACCUCUCCUACAAUUUCCUGGCCUCUCCUGACCCAGCGGCUUUCCGUUCCCUCAGCUGGAUCAACCUUCAUGGGAACAGAUUCCACUGCGACUGCCUCCUGAAGGGCUUCCUGACAUGGCUAAAGGGGACUAAUGUGACUUUUGCCAAAACCAGUGUGGCCAAAUUCACCUGUGACUUCCCCUCUGACUUGCAUGGCGUCAGUCUGUUGAAUUACAGCAGAUUCUUUAUGACAGAAAUGUGCACAAAACAACCUUUGGGCAGAAAUACUAAACAACACUCCUAGCACUCCUCGUAAAGUACAACAUGUCUACCUCAGGGUUGUCAAUCUAAUUUCGCCACAGGUUCGCAUUUAGUCUGCAGCAGUGUCUGGUGCGCCUCAAUGAAAAUCUGGUAUAUUUAAUCGCCGUUAAGAUUAGCAACACGUCCUCCAAUGUGUCUCCUACCUGUGCUUGGCAGGCUGGCUUCACUUUCAUUACUACCGAACCGGACAGUCAGUGGAGAAACUGUUUAAAGGCAGGCCCAUUAUCUGGUCAUGAUGUCUAUACAGUUUUCAUUUUGUUAUAGUCAAUUUAAAGCAUAUUGACUGUAUUCCUGAAAUCUCGAGAUAGGUUGUCAAAAAUAUUGACAAAUAUAUAUACAGUACAUAAAUGGUAGCUCGAUGUCCUUACCUUGACAACAGGGAAUGGAAAUGUUUGAUAAGAAUACAUGCUUUGUUUUAGGUACACUAGCACUGUUUCUAAAUGCUAAGAUUUUAGAAUUUUGGGCACAAUUCCCAUUCAGGUCAAAAAGACCUAUGUUAGCAUUUUUUGUGCAUCGUAUCCAAACCAUCUAAAAGAAUUUGAAAUGUAUAGUUAACCUUAACAACAGCCCUUGAAAUCGAUAACAUGACUUGGAUUUACUAUGAAUUUCCAUAUGACGCAUGAAAAAUGCCAAUAUAGGUCUCUGGAUUUGGACAGAUUUGUGCCACAGAAAUGCUAGCGAUUGGAAACAAUACUGGGAAAACGCUGUUUCAAGACUCCAAUAAAAUCCUGUCCAUAGACUGCUUAUAGUUUAAAGUCAAUGAGGGGUCACUCGUUUUUGGGUGGACUAUGCCUUUAAGAUCACUGUGUGCAUUUCUUUGUUGAACCAGAAGACCCAAUCCUUUGUGAAGUCUGACCCCAUGUGGACAGUUAAAUAAAGUACCGUAUUUGACUUUU